AUGAACGACAUAAGAGAUGCUGAAAUUUUCACAACCCAAAUCUAUAUACAUUUUGUCGAGCAAUCUGGUGGUUUUGAGAAUGUUAAAUUUCGAAGAAAAGACAUGUACAACCAAAUAGAAAAGCAAAGGCAAUUGAUGAAAAAUGAUGUGACCGAAACGUUGAAGUACCUAAAGAAGCGGAAGAAAUUAGAUCCAAAGUUUUAUUGGAGCUACGAGGUGGAUAACAAUGGUGUGUUUUGGCACCUAAUCUGGAUGGAUGGGAAGAGCCGUGUUGACUUUGAAGUAUUUGGUGAUGUUAUGGCCUUUGAUGCAACUUACCAGAAAAACAAGUACAAGUUUUCAUUAGUAGUUUUCUCAGAAGUGAACCAUCACCUUCAAACAAUAGUUUUUGGUAGUGCAAUUGUGGCAGAUGAAGGAGAAGGAACUUACAUAUGGCUAUUACAGAAAUUCGUAGAAGCAAUGAAUGGUAAACGACCAGAUGCUGUGAUAACUGAUGGUGCCAAGGCUAUGAAGCUUGCAAUUGAAAAGGUCUUUCCAGAUGCACACCAUAGGUUGUGCAGAUGGCAUUUGUUAAGAAGUGCCACAACCAAUGUCUCCAAUCCCAAGUUUACCCAACAUUUCAGGAAAUGCAUUCUUGGCGGUUAUGAGAUUGAUGAGUUUGAGGAGAGGUAUGCGUCAAUGGUUAAUAGUUUUGGGAUUAAGGACAUGGAGUGGGUUGAGACCACUUAUGGGAUUAAAGUUAUGUGA